CAUUCAAGUGUUCUGCUCUUACAAGUAAAGCAUUCUUACAUCAAAAUUCCAUCUUUUCUUUAACAAAUAGCAAUUGUCUAAAAUAUGGGAAUUCGUUUGCCAAUCAUUUUUCAAGCCAAGAGUGCAAUUCGAAGGGCUCUAUCUACUGCAACAGCUUCGGAAGUACCCAAAGGAUAUCUUGCUGUUUACGUGGGGGAAAAUGAGAGGAAACGCCACGUAGUUCCCAUAUCAUAUCUAAGCCAUCCUUCAUUCCAGAGACUGUUAAGACAUGCAGAAGAGGAGUUCGGAUUUGAUCAUCCAAUGGGCGGUCUGACAAUUCCUUGCAGAGAAGAAACCUUCAUUGGCAUAACUUGCAGCUUGACUUGCUCAUAAGAAGUACAUCAAAGAACAAAAACUCACAACUAACAUGAAGACUUCUAGCUCGAAUGACAACAAAGCUUGAUCUCAGCAGUUUUGGGAUAUAUAUUUUUUUCUGGGUCAACUCCAGUUUGUAGUAUAACAAAAUUAAUUCUUCCUGUAAGAAAUGAAUGUACAUAAAAAGUCUCAUUAUACUUGCAAGAUGAAAAAGGUCGAGGAUUAAAAUUUAAUUUUGUUGGCUUUAUUCCAAAUUUGUCAUCUUCCUUUUCUCCCUUACUUAUCAAUUUGAAUCUGGCAAUGGAGUAAA